AAACAAUUUGUUUGAAUGGUUGAAUACAUGUGCACUGGGUUUCUAAAUAUAUUUUUUUACUAAAUAAAAUCGGGAAAUGUUUCAUCAUUUACACGCAUAAUAUACAGGAAAAAUGUCUGGUUAUUUGGAAGUGAAGUAUCCUUUCAAAUCAAACCUCGGCUUAAAUCCUUUCAAGUCUUGGAAGAAACAAUGGUGCAUUUUACGACCGAGUGUGACAUGUACGGGUGGCGGUUCGCUCGCUGUGUAUUGUAGCGAGGCAGGAGCCCCAGCAGGGACGGUAGACUUACCCUCUGGGUGUAUAGUGAAGAGGGCGAAGUCUCGCACGAGGCCGCAUGCUUUCGCGGUAUUUUCCCUGGAUGCGCCUUCGAAACCGCGGAUACUAUUAGCUGCACAAACAUUACAGGAUGCACAAUUGUGGAUGGAUAAAAUACGUGAUUUAUUGAAUGGUGAUAAAUUAAGAGGCUCAGAAUCAUUGCUCAAAGACUCAUACCCAGUCACUGUGGUCGCUACAGAAUUGUCUAGGAAAUGUGGCUUGAUGACUGACAGUGUGUUAACAUUGUCUUCCGCUGGUCUACUAGUGGCCCAGCCUAACACGAGUCUGAAAAUAGACUGGCAGCAUAUAACUGAUGUGGUACUGACUAGAGAGAAUGGCGACAAAAAUAAGACUUGCACUCUUAGCAUAGAUAGCGGUUUUAACCAAGGCAGCGGUGAGAUGAAGUUCUGCACACCGCUCGCUUCUGACUUGGUGAAUGCAGUGAGACAAGCGUUAACCGCAAGACAUAAAAAGCUUAGUCGUAGCGACGGGGAUCUAAGGAGUGAUGAUAUGGGAGAAAACCGUCGUACCAGUUGGUACAGUGGGCCUUCUGAAGUUUCAUUGGAUGAUACAGAUCUCAUUAUGUCUAAGGAUUGUCAACAGAUCCCCGAUGGACAGCUGUGGCGAUGUGAUGAUACAUUGGCUCCUCUUUCACCAGAUGAUAGCGGGUGGUCGCGUCGCUCGGCCGUGUCGGUGGCGUCGGGCGUGUACGAGGAGAUCGCGGACGAGGCUGUGCGGCCGCGGCCCGAGCACACGUACGAGUCGGUGGAGUGCGUGUACGGCACCAUGCGGCGCGCCGGCCGCCGCGCCGCGCCUCCGCUGCCGCCGCGCCAGCACGCUAGCACGCUGUCGCGCGACGCGCUGGCGGCGGGCUGGCGCGGCGCGGACGUGACGCGGCACGGCUCGCUCGGCGAGCUGGCCGAGCUGCACCGCGCCAACAAGGGGAUGCGCUACAAGCACACCUUCAGCGUGUUCAGAAAACGUUUGAAAAGCGACUCGCGCGUGACCUCCCCUAAAUCGGAGAAAGAGACAAAAGACGUAGAGACGAAAAAGAAAAGAUUCGACUUCACGCCCACACGGGACAUUUUCAAGAGCUUCAAAGUGCACAGAAAAAUGAAGAACCUCAAAAUAACAGGACUGGGCAAAAAUGAGACGAAAAGCUGCGAAUAUCUCGACGAAACGGACCACGUGGCGUCGAACCGUUGCUCCAAAUCCGUCGAAUGUAUAGAAAAAUUUGACGACUUUGACGUGUCUCUGGAAAUCAAUGAAACUAACGUAUCUGCUCUUGCUCUGCCCGAAGAAAUAGUGGAGUUAAUAUUUGGCGAUAAAAUUAGAUUGAAUUCCAACAAUUUUGAGCAAGAAAGUGAAUAUAUGCCGAUGUCGCCGAUCGUUCCGCCUCCGCCGAUAGAACAACACUAUAUAGUGAUGUCCCCUAAGACUAAUACUGCUUAGUCGGUAUUUUGAUUAAAAUGCGUAGUCGAUUUUCGACUAGGGUAUUUGUGUAGUCGAUUUUUAACUUAAGAGCUUGUGUAGUCGAUGUUGACUGAUAUUUAUAACUGGGUUUUACGGAUAGGUUACUUAAGUCGGGUAUUUUUGGGACUUUUAUAAUUAUUCGCGCGAUAAAUGUUUUUGAGAUUUUCAAUGUUUGAAGAAAAAUAAACAUUUGGGACAAGUAUCUAUGAUACAUUGAUGCGUUUAUUGACAAAAAAAUUAAACUAUUUCUUAACUUAAAUCGCAUUAUGCUAAAAUAUUAUACACUUCAAACUCGUAAGUGGUAAGUAAUGAUGCCAUGCUAUUUAUUCUAAUAUAACUUCUUAACUAUAACUCGACGUUUUUACGUUGUUAUAAUAUUAUCUUUAUUAUUUAAAUUGGAUACCUGUAAAAUAAAUAAACUCGGUAAAAAAUAAAAAUUAAAUCAAA